AUGCCGAGGCGAUCAGCGCAGGAGUGGAUCCGGUUAUCCCUCCGCACCCCGGGCAUCCUCAUAUUCGGGCUGGUCAUGGCUCCCUGUGGCUGGAUCCUGGACCUGACAGCCACUGUGGCCCCAAACUGGAGGACCCUCCACAGCCUUCCCAACACCGCUUCUGACGUGUUCAUCCAGCAAGGCAUCUGGGACAUCUGCAGGGCUACUUCAACCAACACGAGAGAAGAGUGCAACUUGCAGGACACCACGUAUUUUAACAACCAAAUCAUUGAGGUGGCGCAAGGUCUGAUGGUCGCCUCCCUCAUCGUCACUCUGAUCGGGCUGGCAGUGGCCAUCCCAGGGGUCCGCUGCUGGAGAGACCGGCCCAACUGGACAGUGGCUGGCCUAGGUGGACUGUUGAUCUUCCUCUCGGGCGUCAUGACCAUCAUCCCCAUCGCCUGGUACACCCACAUCCUCCCAAACGUCACUACGGUUACAUCGACGGUUGAUGUGCGCGUGGGCUACUGCAUCGUCUUGGGCUACAUCGGCGGGAUAUUUGAAGUUCUGGGUGGAUUCGUCAUGUUCAUCGGGAUCUGCCGUUGCUGCGGAGGCAGGAACAGAGGAGAAGUACGUGUUGACGAGGUCACAGCCAGCCGGUACAACCCGAAACCGCAGCCGAGACGUGUCGAUGUGCCGAGCCUGAACAGGGCCAGGAGCAACGCCAGCAGCGUACCCUACAGCAAGGACUCUUUGGAUGAUGAUGUGUCCUUCCCCCGGGCUAAGAGCCCCGCAGCCCGGUCGGCUAACUCCUCAUACAACGGUAGACCCUAUGAUGCUGACCUCUGAGAGCCACGUGAUCACAUCUGGAAACAGCCUGAAGAAACACAUAAGAGGAAAAACAACUAAAAGAUGGACACGUCUAUCUGAGAGAGGGACUGAGAGUGGAGAAUAUUCUAGAAACAACAAUGGUAAUUGCAAAAUGACUUUACAACAUCUAGUCAAUUGUAAAUCGGUUUAUUUUCUGUAUUGAGUAUUGUAGUUAUUAAGAGAUAAAAUACGAAAAUGUACUUUUAACUGAUGCAGGAUUAUUGGAGGCAUGCAAGCUUUAGGAAUAUUCAGUAGUACAAAUACUUUAAAUACACUGAAAUUACUGUGAAAUCUCUCUAAAGUGAAGCUGAAUCGCCUCAAAAUCAGUUCACUUUGAGUGCUACAGUGUUUCCUAGUGACUGCUGUGAUAGCUGUAGGCACACACAUUUAAUAGUGUUAAAUGAUGAGUGAGUGACAGAGGCCAGGUUCUAGAUGAGACUAAUCAAAGGCUUAGCUGAGUUAUGAUUUAUUGCCACAUCAUGAUAAUCUGUUACAGGUGUAUGCAAACAGCAGGGCAGGUAUUGCAUAAUGAAAUGGACAAUAAUGUUGAAGGAAGUGAAGAAGCAGUAUCAAUGGAUCUGUUUGCAGAACUGGUAUAUGUUAAAUUGAAGUUUACUGUGGCUGUCUUAUAUUCUGCAAAUGAAGCUGAACUCUGUAAAUAGCCCUCAUCUUUAAGGAGCCUUUUUGCAUAUUUUCUGUGUACGUUUGCUAAUGAAUUCAUCCUUUUUCCCCCAGUCUUUGUAAAUACUGUAUUUCUAUGCACUUUAAUAUUUCCCCUUAGCUUUUAGGACAGCCCUGUCUUUGAAAAUAGCUUCCUGAUUCCAGCUACUUUUGUUCUGAUUUUUCUGUAAUAUAAAUGCUGUCUA